UUUCGAAGAGCGUGACUUUUCGCGACUGUUCGAUCCUCUCUCGCUCUCGUCACCCCUCAUCCGAUAUUAUCGGAUGAUACAUUUUUAGACGACGGGGGACGUUAUCCGUAGACGGAUAUAGAACUCUACUGCGAUCCCGUGCGGGGCGACUGUCAAAGGACACGAGACUGCGUCGUGCGACGUUCGUGCGAGAGGGAAGAUCGUGCAUCAUCCACCUGUCAUCCCGGUCUCGUCCCCCGGAAUACCGUCCACGGCCGCUCGGAACAUCGUCGGGACGGACGGGCUGUCGGAGGAGGGAUCGAGUUUUUCCAUGCUGACUCGUCACGGGACCUUGACAAUCGAUAAGAAAGCAUGCGUGUGCAGGGACUCGUGAGUCGGCCGUCGAAGGACUCGACGAUGCGCGAAUGGCUUCCGUUCUCCACGAUUAGAGGUAACUCGGCGGACGCGCUCGCGAGGUUAGGCGGUCGCGCAUGAAGAACCAUGAAGAGCCCCGCGACGUCCCUGCAGCACCUGAAUGGGGGGACGCAACCCGUCCCGGGCAGCGCGAAGUCUCGCUACAACAACCACGCGACCACCAACGGUAGUUACCAAGUGGUGAAGGUAGCCGGACGCGAGUCCGGCUGUUACAUCGCCAGCAACAUCGUGCCCAGGGUCGGCAAGCAGCAACUGGUGUCCCUGAACGGGGACUCGGUGCGCUGCGACAGCGUGAACGUUGACGAGGCGUUGGCAUGCGACGUAGCGCCCGUACCCUCGGCGACAAGGACCAAGGCACUAUGCGUGCACAUCCGGGAGAACAAGUGGUACGACGCCGGCAACAUAGUUUCCGUGGGAGUCGCGGGAACCAGCCUGAACCAUGCUCUGGAGAGCAUGUCCUUGGCGUACAAUCCCACGACGAAGCAGCUGUACUCCGUAGAAGAGACUAAGGCGCCUCCUCCUGGCAGUGCGCAGAUUGACUGCGCUUCUCAAUACUUAGAAUCUCCAUGUAACGGUAAGGAACGAUCCGGCGUGAAACUGGUCGACUCGGAUAGAUAUACGAAGCUCGAGAACGUUAGCGCGAACAGUAGUCCGAGGAAUAGUCUGCCUCGAUCGUGUAGCAGCACAGUGUCUUCCCUUAGCGAGAUAUCACCCUCAGGUAGCUUUCUGGGAUCCGACGAGCAACAGCACGUUGUAGAGAAGAACGACAAGGCGAAACGUUGGGGGCUGAAUUCGCUCUUCACGAAGAAUGUGUUCUCAUGGAAGAGCAAGGAUUCCCAACAGUCGACGCCUACCGGUAGCCCGUCAAGAAGCGUCGAUAAGGUAGGCGGUAGUACAGCUUUAAUUCAACAGCCGAGACCAGCGAAUCUGCCGGCUAAGAACGCGCUGGAGGAGGAACGCCAUCGUAAGCAAUACAAUGCUAUUUUAGAGGCGGCAAGAAAGAGAGAGCUGCGCGAGGAGAAAGAGCGCAAGCAACAACGAGAAUCUCAGCUCAAGGAGGAAGAGAGAUUAGCCGAGGACUCGAACACGUGGAACGUGCACGUCCUACCUAAAUUCGAAAAUGUUAAGAACACGAAAAAAGUGCGGGAUCUGUGGUGGCGCGGUCUGCCGCCGAGUGUUCGCGGUAGAGUAUGGAAACUAGCGAUUCCGAAUAAUUUAAAUAUUACUCCGCAUCUCUAUAAUCUCUGCUUGGACAGGGCGAUGUCGUGCCCUACCAACGAGUCGUUAGCCGCGAUCAGAUUAGACGUAUCUCGUACCUUUCCUACCUUAUGUGUCUUUCAAGAGGGUGGACCACUAUCCGACAGCCUUCAGGGUAUUUUGGCAGCGUAUGCCGUAUACAGACCGGACGUUGGCUACGUGCAAGGAAUGAGUUUCGUCGGCGCUGUAUUAUCGCUGAACAUGGAACCACCGGACGCCUUCGCUUGCUUCGCUAAUCUGCUGAAUCAUCCUUGUCACAGAGCCGCCUUUACAUUGGACCAAAAGAGAAUGAACAUUUACUACAAGGUAUAUUCCAGUGCUCUUGCGCAUAAGCUGCCAAAAGUCUUCUCCCAUUUCACCGUAGCCGGAUUGAGCCCAGACUUGUAUCUGUUGGACUGGUUGUACACGAUAUAUGCCAAAGCAAUGCCUCUCGACGUUGCGUGCAGAAUCUGGGACGUCUUUCUCAGAGACGGGGACGAGUUUCUCUUUAGAACAGCGCUCGGGGUGUUACACUUGUAUCAAGAGGAAUUACUCAAGAUGGAUUUCGUGCGUGGCGCUCAGUUUCUCACUAGAUUACCGGAGAACCUACAGGCGGAAUCUUUAUUCAACAGUAUUAGUCAAAUGUCCACUACCGUCGGGACGACGACGUUCCAGCAGAUGUUGCUUCAAUUCUCCUCGUAAUUUAGCACUGGAAGAUACAGCGAAAAUUGAAUUUGAGGUACCGUCUUUAUUAUUGCGGCUAAGGGAAAAGCAAUUUCUGGACGUGCAAAUGUUUUUUACCUCUAUUUAUUAUUAUUUAACAUUGAAAAUCUAACUUUUUUUGAAAUCUACAUUUUUACCAAUAAUACGCGAGAUUUACCUUCGUUUGAAUGUGGUCUCGUGGAUAUUUCCAAAUAUUUCCGUAAUGCCUGAAAGCAUCUGAAUUGUUAUUUAUUUUAAAUCUGUUGCAUUUUAUUCAAAAUUUUUGUCUCGUAAUUAACAUAAAGACGUAAUAUAUAUAUAUAUCUAAAUUAAUUGCACAUAAAAUUGGAUCGUUUUCAUGGAAAGUCAUAAAAGAUAUAUGUAUAUAUAUAUAUGUAAAUGAGUGAAUUUGUUAUAGGAGUCAUAUUUUUCAUGUAAAUAAUACAAUUGACUGUUUCUCAUUUAGUUGUAGAUAUGUUCUUGUAAAGAGUGAAAUUAGGAAAAAUGAUCUGAAGCAUAGACACUCGAUGCUCUAUUAAGCAUAAUAGAUCUAUACUCACUUUACAUUCUCGUUUAGUAUUUUUCGAAAUGUGACAAAUAAUAUUUGUAACAUCUUGUGAAAUACUCUUCAAUAUAUGAGGGAAAAACAGAGAUAGAGAAUGUAUAUGUAUAUGUGUGAGAGAGUACUAUAUUGCUAGGUUCAAAGUUUAGCUCAAUUGUAUAUAUUAUCUCGUUUGUUUUACCCCUCAUCGAUUUUACUACCAAUAUGUUAGUUUUAUCAUGUUAGAAGUUUAUAUUAAAUUUUUAGUGAUUUGUGAUAUUUAAAUGACCGAGAUGCAUCGAUUUUGCUUCACGUACCGACAUAUAAAUUGCGAUACACGCAGCAUCGUAUGCGUUCCAGCUUUGAGAUAAAUAUUGGUCCAUUCUUUAUGUACCUAUUCGAUUUAUACGCUGGAAACCAUCUCUCUCCUCGAGAACGAAGAGAAAUAUAUACUCGGACAACAAUAUUAUAUUCAAUAUACCGCUACAACAGGUAUUAUAUACACGUAAAUGCAUAUAAUCCUCAUUCGUGAAUAGAAUUAGAUGCAAUUAAAAGGAAAAAAAAAAUGAUUCUCGCUAUGAAGUAUUUAAUUGCUAUUUGCAGAAACUCUAAAUAUAUACUGAUAUAUAUUUACGACGAUGUAUUGCGAAAGACACCUAACGAAAUAAAUUGAGAUUACGUGCCACAAAACAUAUAUUUCAUACGAAAAUUUUAAUCGAUAUCGGCUUGUGUGCAGAUGCGAAGCUAAAUAGUGCAAACGUAAAGAUAUAAUAAGGGAGCGAACUGACGAAUUUCUAAGCGGAUCUCUCAUAACUUAUUCAGAAUAUUAUGUUAGAUAUCUGCCAAGGGAGCACAUUGCCGCACCGUAUAACCGCAAUUUCAUUUCCCGGAACGUGUAACGAGUUACAUUUUUUGCGCAGUUCUGGAGUUCUUCCCGGCACGAAUCGAUGCGUGCUGCUCGCAUUAUUUCGCUUCGUUAUUUUUAGCCUUCGGUAUUCACGAACAAGGUGCUGAGUAUGAGAUUAUUACAAUGAAGCGCGUGUGAUAAAAAAAUUUUGCGAUAUUUACGCGACGCGGAAGUUUCGCGCGUUUUUCGCUUAGUAUUUAAGUGACAUUUUCUCUCUUCGUUAUCGUAUGGCAGUCUGUUCAGUUCGAAAGCAGCGAAAUCUUAUCUGAUGUCCCGUCUUUUGAGUGGCCUUCAUAACGAAGAUAGGAUAAAUUCGAGGUUUAGGAAUGUACGAGAACUUUCUAUGUAACUACCGAACCUUAUCUCUCUCCUAAGGGAAUAAUCUCAAAGGUGUAUUUUCAUACAAUUUAACUGCAAUAAGCUUAUUGUGUGUGCUUGUUGUGCGUACCACCCUAUUUAAUAUGGAAGCGUGCGCGGGAUAAGGAGGAUUUUACUUCUUUACUGUGUACGAUAUAUAGGCACGAUCUCGUAUCUGUCUGUCUCGGGAUCGAGUUAUCCACGGUAUUUCAGAAUGACUGAGUCACAAGCACAUCGCGAUAUAGCUGCGUAUAGCAUGGCUUGGGAGCUUGAAAUUUUACGGAAAACUUAGAAUAUAUCGUCUCACCUCACCACCUACCGGUAUAAAAUUAUAUAUUCAAGUACAUAUAUCUCUUUUUAUAGUAAUAAUGGGACAAAAUAUAUAGGAAACACGGCAGAGAAAGUUUAAUUACAGAAGCGUGUGUCGAGAUGCCAGUCGGCUAAUACGCAGAUGACACGAAACAAUUAUCGCGGCUCGUUGAAUUGUCGCUUGUCAUUACGAAACGAGAUUACCUGAACUCUCGUAGCGCUGCCCUGGUGGCUAUUUGUUUCGCACGAACAUGGAAGAAUGAGAAAGGAUAGCGAAUGAUGUAUUCGCAUCCACCGUUAAUUGUGCAGGUUUUGCGUACACGCGAAAAUGAUAAUUUACGGGUCGCCGCGGUGCACUGCGGUGGUACUGCAAUAUAUGUUUUGUACAACGUAUGAUUCACGAAGAUUCGAGAACGACGAACGUGCCGGACACCUGGUCUCGCCGACCAGUGAGCUCUGCGCGAAACUCGCGAAUAAUAUCCUAGUUUUUAAUCGACAAUACUCUCAUUCCAUCCACGCUCUAUUCCAAAUUACUAUACUACUUAGCUAUCACGAACGAUAAUGAAUAAGUUUAUAGAUGUACAUACAAAAAGAAAAAAAAAGGAGAGGAGCACAAACGGGAUAAGGUGUGAGAUUAGUUUAGCGCACGAUGAAACGAAUUAUCUCGAGACUCCGGACACUUGAAAUUCACGUAAAUAACGUAUGUAUAAAUAAAUGCGCGCACGCACCACGCGUGCCGCAGACCUUUCCGUCGACGAUAUGAAAGAUUAAUUAACGUCCCAUUGAUCGAUCUUCGUACGCGCGGUAAUUGAUAAUGGACACGGUAUUAACAGUAACGCUCUCCUUUAAUUAAUUUAACCGCCGGCCACGAUGCGUCGGUGUGAAAUUGUACUUUUUGCGUUGACCCUCUACGCCGUUGAAAUCUCAAUGUAACGUCGAAUGUCCAAGUAUUUAAGCGUGUGUGCGAUCUGUAUGCAUAUUCCACUUACACAUGUACGUAUGUGUGUACGUAUUUCCGUUGCUGUAAAUUUCUCGGCGUCGUGAGACGCGCGACGGAUCGUAAGUGCACGAGAGCCCGCGAAUUUUCAUCGUCGCGCUCGUGUAGUUUUAGAUGCACCGAACUUCUUCUCUCGAUUGUUUGCGUCUUUUAUCACGAUAUUAUAGGUUUAUCGGCGCCUCUGCGCCGCAUGUACCGAUUACUCACGAGAAUAAAUGUGCCCCAUGAAGCGUAUUUAUCUGUACGUUAUUGCACACGUCUCUCCGUUUCGCGCGUUACGUGAUUUUAACGAAAUAAAAUGACGACGAUGUGCCAACCGUACUGUGGUUGUAGGAGCAAUUGAGCGAGAAAGCUACUCGCAGGACGAACAAAAGCGUCUCCAUUUAUGCCGCGAACGUAAAAAGACCGUCGAUUUUUGUAAUCAUCAAUUACGCCGAAUUACGCCGAUGGCUAACGGCGACCGAUAAUUGUAAUAAAAUUAUUUAACUUUAGUGCGACGGUAACGAAAGCGAAACACGAGCGACUAGUUGAAACAUUUAAUUCUACGAGGAGGAUAUAUAUAUACAUAUGUAUAACUUAACCCGUUAUGAGAUCGAAGCGAAGUGCGAGAGUCUUAUAAUUUGUCCGCCUUAUCGAUUUAAUACAUACAGUCUCUAUAAUCUGGGUCGUAAUUAUAAAUACGAUUUACUAUAAACAGAAGUGUAUGUAUGUGUAAUUGUGUGCACACGUGGUGUAUGCUUGUAUAUGUGUUAUAAUCGCGUUAAAAUACUUGUAGGAAUAUCCUAUGUUUCGUCCACGAAAUACAUAGGUAUGUGAGAGAAAGAGAGAGAGAGAGAGAGAGAGAGAGAGAGAAGUGCAUAUUCUAAAUUAUUAAUUUAAAUUACUUUUGUUUCUGACCACUGAGGAAUUGUAUCAGAGAAAAGGCGAUUAAUCGUCUCUAACUUCAUAAGACAUAGUUUUACAAAUAUUCAGACUUCUACUUAUGUUCGAAAUAGUCAGAUGUUACUAUUGCGAAUGUAUCGUAGAUGCAAAUGACAUAGUUAUGGAUAUACCUACGUGUAUUUUUUAGGCUUUUAAGUUCUCCACUUAAGAUCGAACAUACGAUGCCUAAAAGAGACGAUACGAUAAACAAACAGUAUAAGUGCAAAAACGUUAAGAGUAUGUGCACGAACAACCAUGCAUGCACUAUGUGACACUUCUGUGUUCCUUGUCGUUAGUGCCUCGAUAGAGGAACUCACAUUGUAUAUUUUAUACGCGUUUUAUCAUGUACAUUUACCUUAAGUGCAAUAUUGUAAUAUAUAUUUUCUAAAGAAUCGAUCCCAGUAUUUAUUUUGUCAGAUUGUACCUAUCGGUAAACAUGUAAAGUAUACAUUAGAGACGUUAGUACACGAAGAAUAAGAGUGGAGGAUGAAGAAAAAUAAGAAAGGAAGAAAUCUUCAUAUUUUUUAAUACAAAAUUGAGGAAGGAACGCGCGUUUUGCUGGGGAAGGACACACGCGUGGUCGUAAAAUGACAAGUUUGCAUUAGGAAUUCUCGAAUCUCACGGACUAUUUCACAGGACGACGUCUCUAACUAUGCUUCUUAUCGAAAGAAUUCUUACAGUACUAAGCGCGAGAGCUCUGUAUUAUGUACAUAACCACACGCUUGCUUCCCAAUUUAAUCGAGACAUAAGGAUUAACCAUAUUUAUCGCAAUAGCGUAUAACGACCAUUUUUAUAUCGUGUAAUGGACUACGAACGGAAAACACCGAAGAACAUAUAUUAACACGCGUAAUAAGGAAUACUGUAAAUGACGCCGCCAGCAACAUAUCUCUAUGGACGACUUCUUUUCCUAUAUGAAUAAAACUAUACUCUAUGACAUCGAA